GCAUUUCAUACAGGUCUACUCCUUCGUAUCUCAGCUAUUGCUUAUAUGCUGAAGUAAGUACCUAGAGGCUUAAUUCACUGGUCACUUAUCCUAAUUAUCCUGACUCCGGCCCUGAUCCGAUUGCUCCGUAAUCCAUUUAUAUCUGGCGUAUCGUGCGGACUCACUGGGCGGGACCGACUUUGACUCCCAACAACUACUUGACAAAACGCUGUCGAGGGAGUCAUUCCUGACGCCCGAAAGCUGGUUAUAGGGUGUGAUCCUGAUAUCUUGGUUCGGAAAGAGGAAGCACAGACAAAAAAAUGCCUCUGUACCAACUUCCGGUCGCUAUCGCCCUCUCAGUCAGCGCAAGCUGCAGCGCUGCGUGGCUACUGUCCUCCAACCCUGACGAUGGGAAGAUUCAUUUACCAACACUUGUGGGACAGGAUGAGGAUGGACAACCAUUAGACGAUCCAUUCGACGUGACGAGGCCGGAUGAUUUGGUCGACGGAGAGCCUCUCGACGAGGAACGGUUCUGGUCCAAGAUGCGCCUGCGAAAACUGUUGCUUUCGGCUAUUUUCGCGAUUAUCUUUGCGCUCCAAGCUAUCUCUCUAGGAUGGGCUGUAGCGGAAGGCGAACAUCUCGAGCUCGCCGUUCAGAUUCUGCACGUGUUCUUUGCGCUCUAUCUUUUGUUUAUCUCUGCAGGGUCAGUCAACAAGGAAUACGCGCCGCACAGGAGGGCCAUCAUGCAUCUGUCUGCACUGACGCUUUUGGCAACUGCGCUUCUCGGGACGAUUGCCAUUCUUCCUUCGACUCCUAAUCCUGUCGCCAGCCUUUUUAGCUCCCAGCCCGAGGGCGAAUCAAUCACUGCGCUGCUUGUCUUGUGGUACAUCACCGUCAUUCUCUACAUGUUGGCAUGUGUCAUUGCCAUUACGACACCCACAGGACCUGCGCUGCACUUCCCCUCUGAGCGGUUAUACUCUGACAAGACACUGAUGGCAGUCACAUCGAAAUAUGAGGAUAAUGUCUCUGGCGUUACCGGUGCAUCUCUCUGGGACAUUCUUUUCUUCAGUUACACCACAAAAGUUGUCAUGCUCGGGUACACUUCCGAGAGUCUUGAAAUAGCCGACUUGCCAAUUAUUCCAACAGACAUGCGCGCGCCGACUAUCUACGCUACCAUGCGUGCUGUUCUGCGUCGCUGGAAACUUCGCAUUGGGAACUGGUCGCCAAAACCGGGUAGCGGGUGGCAGAUUGCCUAUCAAAUCCUGCGAGUGAAUUCUACUACUUUGCUAAUGGUCAUGCUAUUGGCGAUCAUUUCUGCGGUGUUAUUCUACACUCCGAUGUACUUCUUGCAGAGGAUCGUGCGAUAUGUGGAAAAAGACCCGGAGAGACUGGAUCGGGGAUGGGGUUGGGUGUAUUGCGCUGGAUUGUUCUUCAGUAAUGCCAUUUGCCAUCUCGUGACUGGGCAACUUUGGUCAAUAUCCACAACCAGCCUUCAACUUCGCCUCCGCAUUCAAUUGAAUUCCAUCCUAUUCGCUAAGACGUUAAUCCGGAAAGACAUUGCAUCAUCAUCUGGACCUGCACCUGGUACAACCACAGCGGGAGCAGAAAAUGGGGCAUCGAAUACCAAGAAGGACGAGAAAAAGAAGGAAGACGAGGAUGAGUUCUCUAGUAAGGCCCAGGUCAUGACUCUCAUGACGACCGACGUAGACCGUGUCAGUGACUUCUCGUGGCAUAUCUUCACUCUUUUCGACUCACCUGUGGAGAUUGUGGUCGGCACUCUCUUCCUGUACAACUUGCUCGGUGUUUCCUGCUUCUUCGGUCUGGCUGUAACAUGUCUCUUCAUGCCUCUAAAUCACUUCGCUGGUAAGGUCGUCGUUGGGGCUCAGGAUAAUUUGAUGAAGGCAAGAGACGAACGUGUCGCUCUCAUGAACGAGAUCUUGGGCGGCAUCCGCAUGCUAAAGUUUAUGGCUUGGGAACGCAGCUUCGAGUCCAGAGUCCUUAAAGUCCGAGAGCGCGAACUCAAGUAUCAAAAGUUGAACUACACUAUCGAAGUACUCUGGAACGCCAUCUGGAACAGUUCGCCUAUCAUGGUUACGCUCGUGUCAUUCUACCACUUCGUCAUCAUCCGACAGCAAACGCUCACGCCAGCUAUUGCGUUCACUUCGAUAAGCAUCUUCAACGAGAUGAAGUUUGCCUUGAAUGCUCUUCCAGAGACGCUGAUCGGCAUGCUUCAAUCGAUGGUCUCGCUGCGUCGUAUUGAGAAAUACCUUAACGGUGCGGAAGUCAAGCCAGUCCCACCUCUCGAUGGACGACCCCAUCCUAUCAGCUUGCAAUCAGCUACCGUCACUUGGCCCCAGGACCGAACGCGGGGUGCUAGCUCCGCUCCAUCUGCCGCAUCAACACCCAAAAACAAGUUCAUUCUCAUCGAUCUCACUUUGGACUUCCCUCUAGGUGAACUUUCGUUGAUUUGCGGUAAGCUUGGAAGUGGAAAGACACUUUUGCUUCUCGCAUUGUUAGGAGAGGCAGACCUCCUGACUGGCCAGAUUACGAGUCCGCGCUCCCCUCCGGAUAUUAUUGCCAAAUUUGUCGGUGUUUCUGUUCCUCAGGAAGAAUGGAUCGUCGAAGGCGUUUGCGCCUUUGUACCUCAGACUGCAUGGCUCCGUAACGCUUCUAUCCGAGACAACAUCCUUUUUGAUCUGCCCUACGACGAGCAACGCUAUCAGAAGACUUUGGAGGUUUGUGCACUGCUUAGCGACCUAAAGAUCCUUGAGGAUGGUGACAUGUCUGAAAUUGGUGAACGAGGAGUGAAUCUGUCUGGAGGGCAAAAGGCAAGAGUUUCGCUAGCUCGUGCCGUCUAUUCUCGCGCAGCCGUCUUACUUAUGGAUGACGUGCUCUCGGCAGUGGAUGCACAUACUGCUCACCAUCUCUAUUACGAGUGUCUCAAGGGCGAUCUCAUGCGUGGACGAACAGUGAUCCUGGUAUCACAUCAUGUUCAACUCUGCGCGCCGGGUGCAAGCUACAUCGUUGCUCUUGACAAUGGCCGGGUCCAGUUCCAAGGUGGUCGUGAAGCGUUCCAGUCAUCCACUGUUCUGAGAUCUCUCAGUCAGUCGACUGCCGAACCCGUGGAUGGCGAGGACGAGACCCCAGUUAUCGAGGAUCUGGCUCCAGAGAAGAAGGGUAAUGGCGAUACCUCUGAAACUAGCUCCACAACGGUUCCCGCACCUCCGGAGCCUGAAAUUAAAGUGGAGAAGAAACCGCCAAGAAAACUGAUAGAGGAAGAGAAGCGUGCUGUAGGACGGAUCAGCAAGGAACUCUGGCUCACAUAUAUCAAAGCGUGCGGUGGUGUCGUCUACUGGACGUCCUUCGUGUUCAUCUUGGUCCUUGCUGCUUUGACUCCUGUGAUGGAGAACGGAUGGCUCAAAAUUUGGUCUGGUGCCGCGCUGGAAGGUUCUGCUACCCAUAGCUCUCUCUUCUAUAUCAGCAUUUAUGCAGGUAUUACUGCCAUAGGUUUGAUACUGACGACGUUCCGGUACUUCGUCAUCUAUCGGGGUGGUCUUCAUGCGUCAAAGGUCUUACAUAUGAGGCUUCUGGAGGGCAUUUUGUUCGCAAACCUCCGAUUCCACGACACUGUGUCGCGUGGACGUUUGUUGAAUAGGUUUGGUAAAGAUUUCGAAGGCAUUGACAGUAAUCUUCCCGAUAACUUCGGUCGCAGUGUGAUUUUUGGCCUCUCCGCUAUGACAAGCGUCAUAACGGUUAGCGUUAUCGGUGGCCUGCCUUUCAUAUUGGCUGCCAUUCUUCUGGGUACUCUAUAUUAUAACGUGGGUAAGGUCUACGGUCAAACUUCCCGUGAUAUGCGAAGAUUAGACUCGGUCACUCGCUCUCCUCUGUAUUCGAUAUAUGGUGAAACUAUCGCAGGCGUAGCCGUGAUUCGUGCCUUUGGCGCAUCCUCUAAGUUCUUACGCGACAUGCUUCGUUGCGUUGAUACGAACGCGAAUCCGUUCUAUUGGACGUGGGGAGUCAACCGAUGGCUUUCGGCUCGCUUCAACUUAUUGUCUGCUGCUGUGGUUGGUCUUGCCGGCUUCGUCACUGUCCUCACACCUGGCAUCAGUGCAUCAACGGCCGGCUUCGCCCUCACAUUUGCAUCUACUAUUACAAAUGAUCUGCUGUUCAUGGUGCGACGUUUCGUUGGACUUGAACAAGCAAUGGUUGCGGUCGAACGAGUCAAGGAAUUCUCUGAAAUCAAACGUGAGCCUGCUGAGUUUAUUGAACCUCGUCCUCCUGCGUCUUGGCCUUCAAACGGCAUCAUCAAGGUAGAGGAUCUUGUCAUACGUUACGCGCCGGAUCUUCCGCCCGUUCUCCACAAUCUCAGUUUCAAAAUUAGACCUGGCGAAAAAGUGGGAAUACUAGGUCGCACAGGGUCUGGAAAGUCGACCCUUGCUCUGUCGUUCUUCCGAUUCGUCGAACCCGCCCAAGGUCGUAUUCUCAUCGACGACUUGGACAUCGCUACAGUCGGGCUUACGGACCUGAGGAGCAAGUUAACUAUCAUUCCUCAGGAUCCAACGAUUUUGAGCGGCACAUUGCGUUCUGCGCUGGACGUCUUCAACGAGUAUCAAGAUGCCGAAAUUUAUGAAGCCCUCAGACGUGUCCAUCUCAUCCCUCCCGAGGGCACGCCGGCAGAGGAUGCAGAUACUGUCAACGGCAGUGUCUUCCGUAGCCUUGACUCCUCAGUAUCUGAAGGAGGAGAAAACUUCUCUACGGGCGAGAAGCAGUUGUUGUGUAUGGCCCGCGCCAUCCUGAAACGUACCAAGGUCCUUGUGAUGGAUGAGGCUACUGCAAGUGUCGACUAUGCGACAGACGAACUCAUUGGCAAAACAAUACGACAUGAAUUUGCUGACAGUACUAUCCUCACAAUUGCCCAUCGCCUACGUACCAUCAUUGACUACGAUCGAAUUAUGCUGUUGGAAGAGGGCCGAAUUGUCGAGUUUGACAGACCUGCUACUCUGUUGCAAGACACGUCUUCAAAAUUCUACGCUUUAUGCCAAGCGACAGGCAAGAAUGAAUUGGCAAUGCUGAAGAAACUCGCAGGCGUAUAGGAGAUGCUUGUAUACACCUCUACGAUGGAGUUUUCUUGUAUAUCUACACUGCCAGGUGCUUUUUGGUAGACUGCAGACUGACAUGCUUCGUUGACACUGAAUAUGUGCACCGACUAGAGUUGCACAUCUAUUGAAUAUAGAGUGAUAGAUAACAGACCCAUCGUAGAACGCUACCGAAGAAGACUAGUUGUAUGUAGUUGAUCUUGUAGAUAAAUUUCUAGAACUGGAAGUCAACGGAGUCGACGCCAUGAAUCAUUCUGUUUCGAAAACUUUGCAAGUCCUACCCGUUAAUCAAGUCCUCCAAUGAAUUUCUAAUUUCUUU